AUGGCUCAAUCGGUUAUGUCAGUACCACCUCCCGUGGUUCAUGUUGCACCCUAUGUCAAAGAACCUAUUUUCCAUGCUGACCAGAGCGAAACUGUUGGCGUCUACGAAAGAAUGAACGAGUUUCAAGAUCUGUUUCAAGCUAUGCAGAAAGAGAACCAGGAUUUGAGGGGGAAAGAUCUAUUUGGGAAGAAUUCUCAUGAUAUAUGCUUAGUUCCUAAUGUGAAGAUUCCGCAUAAGUUCAAGGUACCGAAUUUCGAGAAGUGUGCUGUAGUGAAAAGAGACUUGCAAGAAAUGCUGGAUCAAAAUCUUAUUCAGAUUACAAGGGACGGAGAUGAAGAUGAGCAUGAGGUGAACGUCAUAGUCCCCCGCUUCAAUCUCCCAGAACCAGUUGUGAUUGCAUAUAAUGAGGUUCCUAUUCCUUCUUUUUCGUCUGUUGUAAACAUUGUUGAUAUAAGUGAUGUGACCCAAAAUGGUCGAGUAUUUAUUGUUGCAGCUCUUAAAAGAAUCGAAUAUGUUGUGAUAAAGAAACCAACUCAAGAGAAAACUCAUGUUAUGCAAACCGGCCAAUCCAGCAUUGUGAAUCCGAGUUCUGACCAAGAUGAAGGGCUGGAAUUGAUUAAGAAGAGUGAUUUCAAUAUGGUGGACCAGUUAUUGCACACCCCGUCCAAGAUAUCCGUAUUAUCUUUAUUGAUGAGUUUAGAAGCUCACCGAGAGGCUUUACAGAAGGUCCUAAAGCAAGCCUAUGUGGACCAUGAUGUAACAAUUGAUCAAUUUGAUGGCAUUAUGGAUAAUAUUACCGCAUGUAACAAUUUGAGCUUCAGUGAUGAAGAGUUGCCCGAGCAGGGGAAGAAUCACAAUUUUUCUUUGCAUAUCUCUAUGAAUUGUCAGGAAGAUGCCAUGUUCAAUGUCCUGGUGGAGACUGGUUCUUCUUUAAAUGUUUUAUCUAAGACCACUCUAUCCAAGCUUUCUUAUCAUAGUACUCUGAUGAGAUUCAGUGGGGUUGUUGUGAAGGCCUUCGAUGGCUCAAGGAAGACUGUAAUUGGGGAGGUUGAUCGCCCAAUGAAGAUAGGUUCGUGCCUAUUUCAAAUCAUGUUUCAAGUUAUGGAUAUUAGUCUCACCUACAGUUGUCUCUUAGGAUGUACGUGGAUCCAUGAGGCUGGGGCAGUGACAUCGACUCUCCAUCAGAAGCUGAAGUUUAUGAAGAAUGGGAUGUUAGUGAUCGUGAGUGGAGAGCAGGCCACAUUGGUGAGUCAUCUCUCUUCAUUUUCAUACAUUAACGUUGAUGAAGCUAUGGGAAUGCUGUUUCAAGCUCUUUCUUUUAAUGAUAUUGCUGCUAGGAAGAAUGGGGAAUCCAUGGCAUCUUUGAAAGAUGCCCAACAUAUGGUGGAGAAUGGUCAAUCUACUAAGUGGGGACAAGUUGUUAAUCUUGCCGAGAACAAGAACAAGGCUGAUUUUGGAUUUUCACCCGGUACAACCCAGAGAGAUUUGAAGCGAAUUUAG